UUUUAGAAUUUUUUUAUCUUUUGCUUGACCUUUACUUGAAUUGGUAAAAACUAAAAAGCAACCGUCAAUAAUUACUAGGUGAAUAAUGAAAAAGCCUUCUUUGAAUUUUGAAGAAAACUCAUAGUACUAAUUUAUUUGUAUGCAUAUCAUUAAUUUUCUACUAGUAUUUUAUUGUUUACAAUUAGAAAGAGUAAAAAUUGGAAUUAUAUUUGGGUACCUACUUUUUGUUGUAGUAGAAGCGAAGGUUGUUUGGCCACUAGAUCUAUUGGUUUAAAAGCCACAGCUUUUCUUUAAACAGUGAUUUUUUAUUAUUUAUUUCUUGAGUUACAACUUACACAUUCAUUAUUACACACAUUAAGAUGAUUCAAAACUUUGAUUUAUAAGAUUAAUAUGCAGUAUUUUUACCAAUUAAGUUGUAUUUCAUUAUUUGUAUGUGAGUGAAGAAAAGAUCGAUUGUAAGCGUUGGCAAAGUAGAUGUUACAUAUAAUAGCGAUGGAAAACCGAAUUUAAUCAUCUAUUUAUAUGAUCUUAUAUGAUUAGAAUUUAGAAUCAAGCUAGUGUGCCUUCUUAAUCUUCUAGGAUUUUUGGGUACACAUUUAUAGUGUUAUUUUCAAUCGGAUUUGGGUUCAAGGGAGAAAAUUUUAAUUGAUAACAUGAUAAUUAAAGAGCUAUUUACUAGGAAGAACAUUAUAAUGAGCAUUUAUAAAAGACCAAAAUGUACUAGUAUUGGUCCGUAAAUUUGAUCUAUUCCUCAUAUCAUCAAUUAAUUUUAAGAUAAAAUCAUAGGUACUAGAAGUCGGUUGGUCUACCAUUCUCGUAUGCUUCAAUGAAUGAAACCUUGUUUUAUAAAUCAUAAAAGAGUCCUUAAACUUUUGAUAAUCUAUAGAAAAGUCUCUCAAUUUCCGAUAAUUACAUUAGAGUUUAACAUUUAAAAUUUCAUAAUAGAAAUGAGUCACAAAAACCUCCUAUGUACGAGCAAAAACUAUCUAACUUGGCUCCUAGCUAGACGCGAGCAAAAGCUAUCUAACCUGGCUCUUUCAUAUGUGUCUAAACUAUAACGACGAAUUGAGGAGAAGUCUCCUGACGACAACGAUAAAGUGCAACUUAGUUGUACAAGAUGCUUCGAUGGAACAUGAGGGACAAUUCAAGAUCGGAUUUGGGCAACCACUGAUAUGUGCUCAGUAUCCUUAUAACGCAGAGCAAAGCUAUGGUAUAUAUCUAGCUCAAAUCGAGGGAAGUCGUGUGAUGCUGCCAUCGAACGUGGCUAUUGAAGGAGGACCCAUUUUUGUGAAUGCUAAGCAAUACAAUGCAAUCAUGAGACGUCGACGGUGUCGUGCAAAGGCAGAAUCAAAGAAUCAAGAGAUGAAAACUCGCAAGCCAUACAUGCACCUUUCCCGCCAUCUCCACGCCGUGCGCCGCCACAGGGGAGUCGGCGGCCGCUUCCUCAGCGCAAAAGGCUCCAACACUGAGGAAAAAAACAAUCAAGCAAAGCAUGAGCAGCCGCAGUCGACUGAGUCACAGAUGUCUGAAGUCCUAGAAUCCGAUGGCGGCCAUCGUUCCACGAAAGCAAACAGUGGCUCCGAGGUUACUAGCUACCUCCAUCACUUCGAGUUCGAUCUUCUCCAGCCUUCGUUUCCGCCGUAUAUGGCUAGUAACUAUCUCAAAGUGUGAGGGUGUAGUGAGCGAAUCUACUCGGUCGAUGGUGUUGGGUUCCCUAGCGAUGGGGCUAAUGCUGUUGAGUGAUAUGAUUUGUUCACUUGGGCAACUCAUUCUUGGCUAAUCAUCAUCUCCUUUGUUCAAAACAAAUUAAAAGUGUGUUGAGGUUUGUAAUAACAUUUGGGGGACUUGCAUUUCCAGAGCUUCUGAUGUUGCUUCUCCCUUUCUGAAUACUUGGUUUAUCAUGUGGUGAGUCGUGUGUGUUUCAACUUUCCUGUCGCAUGUAAGCAACUUUCUAUUGUAAAAUGUACUUUUGUUUUGUACUAGUACUUUAAUAUAUUGGGGUGAUUGUGUUGUGUA